UGGAUUUUGACCCAGCAAGGAGUAUGUGAUGUAUUUCCAAGUCAGGAUUGUGAGUGGCUUUGAGAGCAACUUACAGCACGGCGAGUGAACUGGACCGAGCGCCUGAACAGUGACUCAGUGCAGACUGGAGGUGCCCACUGUUAUGAGAGCAAAUUAACAGCAGCAGAGAAGCUGCACAAUGAUUGUUCUCCUGGUCUUCUGCUUUUCUCUGGCCGUUUGGGGACAGGAGCUUUGGAAUUUAAGGGGUGAUGUCGACUACUUGGACCUGGAUUCUCGUUCUGAGUUUCCACGCGUUCCGAGACAGGUCAUCAUGUCGCAGAGAUCGGACAGUAAGCCCCACAUGACAGAUUUCAUUGUGAAAUCCACUAUCUUUUCUCGCUAUGCGUUCACAGCUGUUUCCUCCACUAUGAUCAAUCGAGCAUUUCGGCCCAAAGAUGCAGUUUUCCAGAUACAGAUUCCAGCUCGUGCCUUCAUUUCUAAUUUCACAAUGAUAAUUGGCAAAAAAGUACACCAGAGUAAAGUGAUGACCAAAGCAAAGAAUUCCAAAGACAAAAUAAAAGAACAUUCAGGAAAAAAUAACAAGAACAAUGAGGUGGAAACUUUCACUGUUACUGUAAGUUUGCCUGCAAGGACCAAAGCACUGUUUCUGCUGACUUAUGAAGAGCUGUUGGAGAGACAUCUAGGACAGUACACACAUGUGAUCAGUGUCAGGCCCAUGCGGGUCAUUCUGAAACUCCUGGUGGAGAUCCACUUGACAGAAUCUUCUGGGAUCACUUUGCUGGAAGUUGCACUCCUAGGAAACAGCGAGCGAAUCAGUCAAGGGCUUGAAGCCUCGCCUCCACCAUCCACCAAAAUCAACCAGACCAGAACAACAGCCCACAUCAAAUUUGCCCCAACAAUUAGCCAGCAAGUUGCAAUAGCUGAGAAUGGAGUUCUGGGCGACUUCAUUAUGCGAUAUGAUGUGAACAGAGAAUUGGGAGUUGGUGAUAUUCAGAUUCAAAAUGGGUAUUUUGUUCAUUACUUUGCACCUAAGGAUCUGCCUCCAGUUCCAAAGAAUGUGGUUUUUGUGAUAGAUACAAGUGCUUCAAUGGCGGGGAAAAAGAUCAGCCAGACUAAAGAUGCCCUCUUCACUAUCCUCAAUGAUCUUCGACCCAUUGACCACUUCAAUAUCAUCAACUUCUCUGGCCAUAUUAAGGUCUGGCAACAUGGAAAACUUGUCCCUGUCACAGGGGAGACUGUAAGGGAUGCCAAGAAGUACAUUUACCUGAUGUCACCUUCAGGAGGUACCAACAUAAAUGAUGCGAUCCAAACUGGAUCUAAAUUGUUGAAAGAUUACAUCGCUCAGCAGGACAAGAGUUUGUGGGCUGUGUCAUUAAUAAUAUUCUUGACAGAUGGGCGCCCAACAAUUGCAGAAGUUCAACCUCAUAAAAUCCUAAACAACACAAGAAAGGCUGUUGAAAAGAAGUUCUGCAUCUUCACCUUGGGAAUAGGAAGAGAUGUGGACUACAGGCUCCUUGAGCGAAUGUCACUGGAGAACUGUGGAGUAAUGCGAAGGAUCAAUGAGGACUCAGAUGCCAGCAUCCUACUUAAAGGUUUUUUUGAUGAAAUAGGAACUCCACUCCUCUCAGACAUUCGUGUCGAUUAUUCAGAAGAUUCAAUGGAGUAUGUUACGCAAAAUUUCUUUCCAAACUAUUUCAAUGGAUCUGAGCUCGUAGUAGCAGGGAAACUGACAGAUAACGCCAGUGAUAGUCUUCAUGUCCAAGUUGCUGCAAGCACAAGUGACAAACACCUCAUGCUGGAGGCAGAUGUGAAAAUUAAUGACACAAGGAGAAGUUCAAAUGAUUUCAAGGCUAGAUCCAAAGAUUCUAAGUUCGUCCAAAGGGCAUGGGGCUACUUAGCAAUAAAAGAUCUGCUGAGAAUGCGACUGAAGAUCAGCAAUAGCAAAGUGAAGGAAAUUCUCUCAGAGAAAGCAAAAAAUCUUUCGUUGGAAUACAAUUUUAUCACACCUGUCACUUCACUUCAUGUAAAGAGUUCAGAUGAGCAAAGCAAUGGAUCCUCACAGAGUGUGGUGGAUGAGUCUGAAGUGAAUGAUGAGAGAGCGCAGAGUUUACAGAGAAUAACCAAACCAGAGAGCACUUCCUUAAGAAAGAAAAAGAAAACAGUAGUGGUUUCAAAAACAUCAGCUGAUGGAGAUCCACAUUUUGUUGUUGACUUCCCCUUGGGCAAGUUUUCCAUCUGCUUUAACAUAGAUGGUGAGCCUGGUAAUAUACUGAGAUUGGUGUCUGAUCACGAAGGUUCCGGAGUGACAGUUAAUGGUCAGUUGAUUGGAGCCCCAGCACCUCCAAAUGGGCAUAAGAAGCGACGCACCUAUUUCAGUGCCAUUACUAUAAUUGUCAGUAAACCGGCCCGCUCCUACAUUGAAAUCACACCUCACAAGGUCAUCUUCGACAGCCGAGAUAGAUUCAUCUUAUCUUGUGAUAAAACCAUAGAGGUAGAGAGUGAAGGCUUGAUGGUUUCUGUCGCUGCCAAAUCAAAAGUCACAGUGACAAUACAAGAACACAUCUCCUUUCUCAUCUUGGUCCAUCAGUACAAGAAUCCAGCGCCAUAUCAGAGAGAUCACCUGGGAUUCUAUAUUCUCACCAGUAAGGGACUAUCCUCCAGUGUUCACGGACUCUUAGGUCAGUUCUUAUACAGUGCUGCACGAGUCACAGAAACAGCCCCCAAUACAACUGGACCAGCAAGAUAUCAGAAUCAGACAGAAGCCUGGAGCGAAGGGAGCGAGGUGUCCAAGGGGUCAGCGAUUGUGUUACAUAUGAAAGACAGGCUUGUGCCUGUUGUGAAAAAGCAAAGACGGAUUUACAAUGGGCAACAUCAGGUCAACUGCUGGUUCGCAAAGAAUAAUGCUGUCAAUCUGAUUGAUGGAUCAUACAAAGAUUAUCUUGUGUCACAUCUCUUUCAGACAGCAACAAGCAGUGCAAAUGAACAUUAGUGUAAAUGGGCGGAGCAGAAUAUCAUGUCCAUUUCUCACCACUUUUUGUUAUAAAGCAAUAUUUAGUUGGCUUUUGCAUUGUUACAAAUGUCUUGCUUUGUUUUCCUGGUAACUGCGUAUUUCGUAAGAUUCCAUUGCAGAUGUUCUCCUGAGAGUUCUAUGGAUUAGAAAGAUUUUAAGAGCUCAGUUUCUAUCCAAAAUUUUUGAAGUCACUGUCCAACGAUUUAUUUGUUUUAGCAAAUGAGCAAACUGUUUAUCUCCAGGGGCCGUCCUCAAAUAAGUUGGUGUUGCAGCUUUUGGCAAAAAUAGUUGAUACCCAUUGAAGCAAUAAAAUUAAAUGGCUUUACACAUUUAAACCACCCCUUACAUUGUCUACUUCCCAUCAAGGCUUCCUCAUUUUGUCAGACAGAUCUUCCAACUGGAUUUCCAAAAUAGAGUAACAGACAAUUGGCCUUAAAAUAAAGAUCAAUGAGAUUUGUGCGUGGGUUAGCAGAAGAUACAGGUUUGCAGUGAAAAUGUACACCCAGCAAUUAGAUAUAAACACAUUAGUGUAAAUUUCUCCCAUGGCUGUUUUAACACAGGGUAUUAAGCCAGUUAUUUCAAAUAUACCCAUUAAGACUAGAGCAGGAAAAAGCCAUAGAGAUGCAGUAAAUAUUCAACUGCUAUAUUUUUAGGGGUAAUUCCUAAGUCUAUACGUUACAAAAUACAGUUCACUGCCCUACAGGACUAUCAUUGAAAGAAUAUUUCAGACUCACACAGGAUAUCACCUCGAUAGCAUUUAUAGAAAACCAUUUAGGAGGUUCAGGAGCAACUGAAACUGGAUUUCAGAUAAGAGGUUGCACACAUUUAAUGAAAUGUAUCCGUCAGAAGAUGAUGUAGCUUAUGCAUAUGUAAUAAACUACUAAAGUACAACAAAUGGAGGGUAAGCCAUAGGAUUCUUUGAUUAAACAGAUGUAGUUCUUGAAUGUAGUUCUAAUUAUCGAAACUCAAGGCUAUGAGACCACUGGCUAGUGAAUUGAGUUAUGAAGAAAUAAGGAAGAAAUUUAGACUUUUUUCAAGCAUAAAUGAUGAUGGUGUGACCUUAUUUAAAAUAAUAAAAGACAGAAAAGAAAAAUCCGAAACAUGAUUUCAAACAAAAACUUGGUAGUGAAAUAAAAGGACAAAAGACAGACUAUAUUUUCCAAGAGCAAAAGCAAAGUUGCUGGAAAAGCUAGACCCUUUGUUCCAACUAAUCCAUGCCGAACAUUAUCCCAAACUAAACUAGUCCUGCCUGUCUGUUCCUAGCCCAUAUCCCUCCAAACCAUUCCUGUACAUGACUUAUCUAAGUGUCUUUUAAAUGUUGUAUCUGUCCCCACAGCCAUUAUUUCCUCAGGAAGUUGAUUCCACCAUCUAUGUAAAACAAAUUGCCCCUUGUCUUCUUUAAAUCUUCUAGCUCUCAUCUUAAAAAUGUGCCCCUAGUCUAGUCUUGAAAUUCCCCUUCCUGGUAUUUAAUCUAAGUGGUUUUCUCCCUGACCUCAAUACUAAAAAUAGGAAGUCACUGCACUCUCGAUACUCAUCGUCAUCUCAAAUAUCUGUCUUCAGUUAUAAAAUAAUGUCAGAAAGAAAGCCUUGCAUUUGUAGAGUGUCUUUCACAACCUUAGGAUGUUCCAAAAUGCUUCACAGCCAAUUCCGUUGUUUAGCAAUAUUGGAAACAUAACAGCCAAACUGAGCACAGGAUGCACCCACAAUGAUGAAGCAAUAUAAUAAUGACCAACUAAUCUGUGUUUAAUGAUGCCCAUUAGGGGCUACAACUGACCAUAGCACUGAUCAAACCCCACUGCUCUUCCUCAAAGUAGUCCCUUGGUAUCUGUUAUAUCCACCUUAGGGCAUACUGUCUCAUCUGAAGAAUGCAUAUCUGAGAGUGUAGCUCUCCGUCAGAACUACCCCGCAGUGUUAGCCUAGCUGUUUGUCCUUAUGUUGCCAGAGGGGGAUAUGAAUGUACUACCCAGUGAUAUGAGUGUUGUCCAUUGAGGCGUAUCCAAUACGUGAGUUUAUAGUUAGGAUCUAAAACCAGUGUGCUUUGGGAAGGCUGCUUACUUCUUCUGGAUACAUUGUACUUGAAAAUGUCUGAUCCUGUGGAUAUUUUUAAGUUCUCUGUGGCCAAAAAUACCAGGCAGUGUGCAAACAAGAGGAACGCAAGACCAGCGCACCAACAUGGAUUCUAUUUAAUUGUACCUGCUCUCUAAAAUGGCCAUGUUAAAUGUGAAAACAAUUGUCCAGAAUUUUGAAUGUACCAGUGGGGAUUCAAUUCAUUCUGUCAGGGAAGCUUGCAGAAUGAGAGCAGAGAAAGGAUGGAACCAAUAGAAAAUAAGGCAUAGCAAUUCUUCGCUGAAGUCAUCAUGUGAAAAGAUUAUUUCAUAAUACUGAAAGAAUGUGCGCUCAUUGAAUCCAACAGCCCUGUGAUCAUACUGAAAAAAAAUUAUGAUAGAUAUUGUCCAAUUCACAAGAACAGUAACACCAAAGAAUAAAAGAAAAUGCAAGAGCUUCUUAAUAGAUUUGUUUUGUGCUAAUGUUCCUGCUUCCCUGGGAAAUAUGCAAAAGUUGUAUUGAACAACAUCAGUAAUAUGCCUCUAAUGUGGCAAAAAAUUUCAAGAAAAUUCAGAUUAGGAAAUCAAGCAGAUAACAUUGGCUGACUCUUGGCAGAUUUCUCAGUAUGAGUCCUUGUGAAUUUUUGCAUGCUAGGGUACCUUAUGCUAAGGCAUGCUCGGACCAUGCCUUAUGAGCAAUGUACCUAUGGUGUUCCACUCAUCCAAUGCCAGCUCAUCUAAUUCUCUCACUCACCAUAGACAGAAGUUCUCACCACCGCUGAUAUAAUCUGGGACUGUUGGCACCAUGCCAUAUUUAAAACACCUUUGUUCACCUGGUCAGUCAUUGACAGCCCAGAGCUACCUUGCAUGGUUUGUGAUAUAUUCCUUGGAUAAAGGGAUAUUGGGCUGCGUUUUUUGGAUAGUGGCCUGAAGGUCCUGAAGGACAUCCUGUUCCCCCCAGGAUCAGUAGAGGACUGGCAUUGACUUUGUCUGGUCCAAGAUUGCUACCCGGGUCAGUGCAGUUUCCACAGUUCAGAGAAACACUCUGUAAUGCCAUGAGAAAAUCAAUGACCAGUUAUAUGCUACUAUUUUCUCUCUAAUACCUCACAACUCACUCUGUCACUAUACCCACCUCCCACCAAAGUUCAUGCUCUACCACUCCCACAAUUGUGUGCACUCACUCCUUUCACUCAUGUUCUCCUUCAAUUCCCCCAACCCUGCCAACACUGCAGAGUCACUGCACUGCCAACUGACUCAUUCAGGGUACUUCACCAAGGUUCCAUACUUGCACCAGUACUACGGUGCAAGUGUGCAGCUCACUUUCAUCUCAGUCAAUGCCUCCCUUUCACUCAUUAAGGCUGAUAGAUAUAGGACAGAUGGUGGGGCAGCCCAGCAUUUGGCUCCUCAUUCCCUGUGAAGAGAGGACCCUGACCCAUAUCAGUGAGGUUACAAUCAGAUCGAACUGUGAACAUAUGAAUAUAGGAGUCAGCUUGUGGGGUUGAAUGACCUGUUUGUACUCCUGGUCCAUACGCUCGUAACCCUCUGGGAUUGGCCUGGUGUCUCCAGGAAUUGCAGAUGAGCCUUUCAAACACAUUACUGCAUGAAACACUGGAGAAGAAAGUCACAGGGACGUUCAAAAAGUGGGCUAUGUUUAAUAUUUUCUUUGAAUAUUUCUCUUUAGCUGACAUAAAAUUAUUGAAAAUGCAGGGAAGAAAGCCCUUUUAGAAUCAUUGAGAGAUAUAGCAUGGAAACAAACCCUUCAGUCCAACUCAUCCAAGUUGAUCAGAUGCCCUAAACUGAUCUAGUCCCAUUUGCCAACAUUUGGCCCAUAUCCCUCUGAUUCAUGUAUAUAUCCAGAUGCCUUUUAAAUGUUGUAAUUGUACCAGCCUCCACCAUGUCCUCUGGCAGCUUGUUCUAUACAUGCUCCACCAUCUGCAUGAAAAAGUUGCCCUUCAGGUCCCUUUUAAAUCAUUCUCUUCUCACCUUAAACCCAUGCUGUCUGACUGUCAAGAAACAUUCAGUUGGGUAAUAAGACUUAUUAUUUUCUAAUCCAUGCAGGAAGGAGAUGUGCUAGAAGCUUGGCUGUGUGCAACAACAUAUUGACUGGCUUUUGGGGCAUGCCUUGUGAUGAAUCCCCCGGGAAUACACUUAGUCAUAGUUGGCAACCUAUCUUUCCAAUCUUGCACAGAAACUUGAAUUUCCUAAUGCAACUCAGCCAAGUGUCAGGGUAUUGCAAAUAGCUGCAUUUUCAAAAUGUUUUGAAAAGUCAGCCUUGAGAUUUGUGGAAUUUUCUGCUAAAACAUUGUUAAAAUACUUGAGUCUCUGUAAAACAGUUCCACAUUUUGUAUUUGUAACUUCUAAAAUUCAGGAUAAGUUUCUCUAACAGGCAAUAUUUAACUUUCAAAAGAAAAUGUAAUGAGGAAUUCAUAGGCAAUAAAAUAGUGACUUCCCAAAUUGUUGUUCCUCCCCACGAUAAGAUUGUUAAAGAAAUGAUCCGUCACAACUAGCACUGAUUUCUACAGGACUGGACGUUGCAGACCAAAGUGUCAGAUGGUCAAUAGAAAUGCUGUCCUUAGGAGUCAAGAGUCGCUGAAUAGAGUUCAGAUCUCCAGAUAUUUACAUGUAUUUGGAAACUAGUGUUCAAUGGAAGUGUUGUCACAAGUUAUCCAGCAGGAAAAAAAUGGAAAUUGUAUGCACAUAAUUUGAAUGAAAAAUAGAUUUGCCUUUGUGCAAAUAUCACCAGCAUUUCCUUCCUUCUUAUAGGUUGAAAUUGUAAACCUUGAAAUCCAUGCUUUCAGUAUGUGUUUUCAGUGCCAAUAUCUUAUUUAACACACAAACAAAUAACAAAAUUAUUAUUCAUCUACAAAAUCAGAAAUGGAUCUAUCUAAAGCAGAGCUUCUGAAAGUAUAGAUUAGAACCUCAAGAGGGGACAGAAGCAAAUAGUCACCAUGUAUCUCCACAUUCUCUGAUGUCCCUUGUUCUCAGGCUUUUCAAGACCCACAUUGCUCUGAAUUCUCACAGAGGGGCCACAACAAUUUUCAAGCCUUACAAUGGGGAAUGGUUUGAGAAACUCUGUUCAUAUAUUAUAUAACAAGGUGUCGAGCUUCUUCAGAAAUGGAGCAGGAAAGCACCAUUUCUGGCCUGGACCCUUCUUCCCCAUUUCUGACAGGUCCAGACCUGAAACGUCAGCUUUCCUGCUCCUCUGAUGCUGCUUGUCCUGCUGUGUUCAUCCGGCUCCACACCUUAUUAUCUCAGAUUCUGCAGCAUCUGCAGUUCCUACUGUGCCUGCUCAUAUAUUGUCUAUUUGUGCAGGAUGUACAUUUCAAUGGAACACACAAUUGCAUAGAAAAGCUGGAGUCAGGUCCAAACAAUUUCUGUCAGCUACUGAAUAACGAAGAACUUAAGGUUUUACACUCAUGUGCAUUCAUAAGGGAGCAUGGUGGCUGAGUGGUAUUAUCACUUGAUUAUUAAUGCAGAAACUCAGCUAAUG